AUGAGCUCCAAGGACAACUUGGCUCUGGACCUGGAGCACGGCGUUCGACGAUGGGAUCGAGCCCGCUGGAUUUCUGUCUUCAGUUCGCAUAACCCGACAAUACGCGAGGUUACGGAAUGUCUGGGCUUGGGCUUGUCCGCCUCCAGCUCCACCACCAACCGCGGCAUCCCCAAAUUCGACAACCCGGACUAUCGCAAGCUGUCAAGUGAGGUCACCAAGCUCUCCAAGGAAUUGCCAAAGGAAAGAGAUGCGUUGCUAGAUUUUGCGGCGGACCCGCUCUCGCUGGACAAAGAAUUGGAUGAACUACUCGGUUCUUACGGACCCGCUAUUUGGAGCAGGGAUGCGGAUCGGUCCUGCUUACUCACACCUGAUCCCACUAAGAAGACGUACAACAGGGAUUUAUUCUACGAAGAGCCUGAACAUAAAGAGACCCUCAAGAUACAUUUGCAUCGAUGGAUCAUCAUCAAGGCAUGCUACUAUAUCCGAAACAUGAAGCUGAAGAGGCCUUCUGGUGCAAACGAAUACGAUACGCUCGCUGAUAUUGAUGGCGAGGGAGGUUCACCACACGGUACACCGCGGUCAUACAUCACCCCGCCAGGGCGAGGCGCGUCUGCUGGGCCUGAUCUAGAAGUGCAUCCCAUCAAUCUAAGGAAGCGGAAAAGCUCUGCUCACAUGUCUCUAUCGGAUGGGGAAGACAAUUCCGCCUCACCUGCCAAGCGCCCAUACAACACGAUGCCAACCAACAGGGUAGGCAGCCCCAGGAGGUCUCUGAAAUCUUUUUACCCUACUGGUCCGGAUAGUACCGAAAACACCCCACCAAUAAUAAGUCACGCGCAUCAUCUAUCACCGCGCGCCGGCUCUGGAGCCGAACCUGGCCGUGCUCACCUUAGUCCUCUGGCCAGCAAUGAGCUUAAUGGUGUCCCGAGGCCUCCUGGACUUACACAGACACCAACCUCGGGUGGCUUCACCGCUGUGAACUCUGGCGGUUUUACCGCUGUCAAUACUACGCCACCUGUCCGCGAGCCAGUACGAGAGACCGCCCAGGCGUCAUCACGAGAGCCGCAGCACAUCUCGCCAGUCCAGAACCGUCGUGAGAUCACUAAUUAUACUAGCCCUUAUGACGCCGCCUCCCGCAGCUCAACCACGACACAAAAUGCCCCGGAUUCUCGGUCUAUACCCCCUCCUGGCACCGCACCUGCAGCUCCCGAAGGAUUCCAGACCCCCGACUCACCUGUUUACGUCAACGGAGCCAAUGGUAUCGUUCAGCACGCUCAUCAUGCACAUCGUGCAUAUAUUGCUCCUCAACCUCAGCAACAGACCUCACAACAGGCCCAAACUCAAACACAGCAUCCCGUACAACCGCCUACGCAUAGUUCAUCUCAGCCCUACAUUCAAUCUCAACAGCAACAAUCUCAACAACAACAACAACAACAACAACAACAACAACAACAACAACAACCUCAGCAGCAGCAACCUCAACAGCAACCCCCUAGUCGUUCUAAUACCCCUUCCGUUCCUCAACGCGGACGUUCUCUUGCACCAAAUCCUACUAGUCGAUCUAGUACCCCCCUUACCCAGGUAGCCUCUGCAUCAUCGAUACAAAGCGCACCGGCAUACGGAAUGCAGCUUGUUCCAACGCAUAAGGCUUCAGCGGCCCCAACGGCCCCAGCAGCCCCAAGCAGUCAGCCACCACCAACGCAGCAUAUGCAACCCAGUAUUCCUCAUCAUACUGUACACCAGCAACCAGUGCUGAAAAGCCAAACAAACGACCCCGUCCAAAUCGUCCAGCCACCUCAUGUAACUUCCAGACCCGCAGCAGCAUCGGCCGACCUCCGCCUCCUACAAUGCGAAGUAACAGCUGGCCUCUUCACCUUCUUCUUUCCCAAAGCCAACUCGCCGCCCGACGAACCCGCCCUCCUUUCCCGCUUGCACACGCUCUGGUACCACGGCGAACCCAUAUUCCGCCCUGAUCUCGCCCCGCACUACGACCUCAUCUCCAAGAUCUUGACCGCGUGGUUGCACGAGCGUCAGGCCAUCACCGCGUUGCGCCACUCUAUAGCUGCCCAGCCGGGUGUGCAGGCCGCGGUGCUAGUCGAUAGGCUACUGGCGAUGAAUGAUCUCCGCGUCAUGCGACUCAAGUGGAAAAAUAUGAGUACGAUUGAGGGCCUGAGUCCAGAGGAUCUGCUGUGUAUGGCCUUUAGGGUCAUGACGAACACCGAGGGGAGUGAGUAUCUGUUCAAAGAUGGGCUCGACAGGUUGAAUAGUGGAGUAUUUGAGUUUCUACGGACUGAAGAUGCGAAGAUUGUUAUGCAGAGAAGGUGA